UCAGAUUUGCAUGGAGGGGCCGUGCCGGGGCGCGUGGGGGCUUAAAAGGGAGUUGGGGUCCCCGGCACAGCCCCAUCGUGGUGGGGACACGGAGCUGGUGGGAUCGCACCAUGGCCUGGGCCCCUCUGCUCCUCGCGCUGCUCGCCCAUGGCUCAGGUUCCCUGGUCCAGGCAGCGCUGACUCAGCCCCCAUCGGUCUCAGCGGAGCCAGGACAGGACGUCCAGAUCACCUGCUCUGGUGGUGGCAGCUAUGGCUAUGGCUGGUACCAGCAGAAGGUGUCUGGCAGUGCCCCUAUCACUGUGAUCUAUGGUAACGACAAGAGACCCUCGGGCAUCCCUUCACGAUUCUCCGGAUCCAAGUCCGGCUCCACAGCCACGUUAACCAUCACUGGGGUGCAAGCCGAGGACGAGGCCGACUAUUACUGUGGGAGCUGGGACAGCAGUGUGUGUGGUGUAUUUGGGUCCGGGACCCUGCUGACCGUCCUAGGCCAGCCCAAGGCCUCCCCCAGUGUGUACCUCUUCCCGCCAUCCAGCAUGCAGCUCGAGGCUGAGAACAAAGCCACCCUGGUGUGUCUGCUGGGAGACUUCUACCCCGGCUCCGUGCAGGUGACCUGGACGGCUGACGGCAGAACCCUCAGCGAUGGGGCCGACACCAGCCAGCCGGUGCGGCAGUCCAACAACAAGUACGUGGCCAGCAGCUACCUGACGCUGAGUGCCUCUGACUGGAACAAGUACAACAGCUACUCCUGCAAGGUCACGCACGAGGCUGGCAAUGUAGAGAAGAGCCUGAAUAGAUCCGAGUGCUCCUAACCCCACUGGGACAUCCCUGUUCCCUGUGGACCCUCAUGACACCCCCCCAACCCUUCAACCCUUCCCCACCAUGAGGGGCAGUGGCUCUCCCUCUGCCGCAGAUGUCCCCCAGUGCCCUGCUCCUGUCCCCCUGUCCUGAGUGUCCCACAAAUAAACACCGACACUGAAC